GCCAUGGAAUGCUAUGCCUUUUUUUUGACCCCGCCAUCAAAUAAAUCACAUCACUGGUCGACUGAUUGACUGUAUAUUUGAUCUUAUGUUGGGUUGUUGUUGACUCACACACUCCACGAUAUCGGGCCAUAACAAUACAAUACGUCAGGCUUUAUUGACAGCUUGAUACAGUCUUCCUAUUCCAUUCUGUACUUAUACAUCUAACCUCCUUUUUUUCUUUUUUCUUUUUUUUCAAUUUGAUCUGUUCGUUGUCUCAUUGUCAUAUCAAAGGGCAAAAUGAAGGUAGACGAGCUCGUCGCCAUCUCCGAGUCGCUGGGGGGCGAUUUCAAGGCCAUCGAGCCUCAUCUCAAUCGACUCGAGAAGCACUUGACUCUGCGCACUUACCUGUCCGGCUACACGUUGAGCGAGUUUGACCACAAGAUAUGGGUUGCCAUCAGAAGUAACAAGGUAGCUGUAUCAUUUGUCCGAAAGGGAUCUUAUGCCAACCUUCAUCGAUGGUUUGUCUUUGUUGAGCAAACUCACCCCGAGAUUCAAACCGAAGUCAAGGCUGCCGACAACGUCCGCAAGGCUAAGGUUCAAGCCGCCAGCCGUGCUGGAGCUAGCUACAACUUAGCCCUACAAGAUACGGAGAAGGGGGUCGUCGCUCGAUUCCUUCCCGAGCCAUCAGGCUACCUUCACAUUGGGCAUGCCAAAGCAGCGCUGCUAAGUGACUACUUCGCCCACCAAGCAUACGAUGGCAAGCUACGCCUUCGUCUAGAUGACACAAACCCGUCGAAGGAGAAGGAGGAGUUCCAAGACGCUAUAAUCGAAGAUUUGGCAUUGAUGGGCGUCAAACCAGAUGUCGUCACUUACACCUCUGACUACUUUGACCACCUUUACGAGACUUGUUUAACCUUGAUCAAAGGCGGCCAUGCAUAUGCUGAUGACACAGAUGUCGAGACUAUGCGCGACGAGAGAGGAAAGGGUAUCGAGUCAAAGAGGAGGAACAGAGCCGUCGACGAGAACUUGGCCAUCUUUGAGGAAAUGAAGAAUGCCACCGAGGAGGGCUUGAAGAACUGCAUCAGGGCCAAGAUCAGUGUCGACAACCCGAACAAGGCGAUGCGCGACCCCGUCAUCUACCGUUGCAAUCCUAACGAUCCCCACCACCGCACCGGUACAAAGUGGAAGAUGUACCCUACCUACGAUCUGGCCUGCCCCGUCGUCGACAGCCUCGAGGGCGUCACCCAUGCUCUUAGAUCGACCGAGUAUACCGAUCGCAACCCGCAAUUCCAAUGGUUCCUUGACACCUUGAAGCUUCGCCAGGUGUACAUGUGGGACUUCUCCCGCAUGAACUUUAUCCGCACGUUCCUCUCCAAGCGAAAGCUCGCCAAGCUCGUAGACAACGGCAAAGUCUGGGGCUGGGACGACCCCCGAAUGCCCACGAUUCGUGGCGUCCGAAGACGUGGCAUGACGAUUCCCGCGCUGCGCGACUUUAUCCUCAAGCAAGGCCCCUCGCGAAACGUAGUGACCAUGGAUUGGGCCGCCUUCUGGGCCACCAACAAGAAGGAAAUCGACCCCGUGGCCCCCAGACACACCGCCAUAUCGAAGAAGGACGCCGUCAAGAUCGCCGUCAAGGGCGAGGGCGUCCCCGCGGCGCCCCGGACAGAAGACAAGCCGCUGCACCCCAAGAACCCAGCCGUAGGCACCAAGAAGGUCGCCUUCUCCCAGGAGAUCCUGCUCGACCAGGCCGACGCCAAAUCUUUCAAGGAUGGCGAGGAAAUCACGCUGAUGCAGUGGGGCAACGCCUUCGUGCGCGACGUCGUGGCCGGCGCCGACCCAAUCACCACCUUAACGGCCGAGCUAAACCUGCAAGGCGACGUGCGCUCCACCGACAAGAAAGUCACAUGGCUCUCUACGCAGGGACAGAAGCUUAUCGACGCCGAGCUCUGGGACUUUGAUUACUUGAUUACGAAGGACAAGCUUGAAGAAGACGAUGACUUGGAGAAAUUCUUGAAUCCUACGACUGCGACGAUGGAGGAAGCGUUUUGUGACGAGGGCGUGACGAAUCUGAAAAAGGAUGACAUUAUUCAGCUUGAGCGACGCGGGUAUUACAGGGUUGAUAAGGCGUAUGGCGAUGGGGAUGAGAAGAUUGUCUUGUUCUGUAUCCCUACGGGUAAGAAUAAAUAGAUACUUAGGUACGCCGCUGGAUAUCUGAGGACAUAUCUAGUAUGCUAGAAAGCUAUACGUAUUGCUAAAGUAACUACCUAGCUACUUAUGUUGAAACAUAAACGUAAAGAGUCAGGAGAUAUGCGUACAACUAAUUAAUCUUGUGAAAGUGAUACAUGGUAUUGCUAAUGAAUAUCUAUCACUCACUCACUCACUCACACGCACACACACGCGCGCGCGUAUAUACAUACACUCGUUAUCAAUAGGUUUCGUUCUACUGGGUAUCUAUAUUACUUAGGUACUUAUACAUAGAUAGAUAUAUCAUGGAUAUCUUUAUAUAUGCCCAUAUAAAGUCAACAACUGCCAACGUGACUAUCUACGUAUCGUUUACGGCGUAGCCUUACAUAGGCAAGUCCCUUCACAUCACGUCACGUAGUUAAACAAGUAUCUAAGAUAGUACUAC